AUGUCAACCGCCAAUAAGAAAUCAGAAGCAAUAAAAUUCAAAGGGCAUGCUUUUCAAACUACAGAGGAAAAAGCCAAAGGAACUUAUGAUGUGGUGUCAGGUACCUUAAUUAUCAACUCAUUAGCUAUACGUGUGUUAUUUGAUUCGGUUGCUACUCAUUCAUUUGUGUCUCAAAAGCAUGGUGUCAAAUUAAAUGUUCCUUUAGAAUUGCUUCAAAAUGAGAAUGUCAUCGAACUUGCCAAUGACGAGUUUAUUACUGUUUGCCAUAGAAGACAUGUCCAUGUUGAUUUAUAUUCAAUGCAAGAUGGAAUAGAUCACACUUUUGAUGAUAGUCUGUUUGAUGACCAACAUCAUGGAAUUGAUAAAAAUACAGUAGAAGAUUGUUAUAUUUAUGAUAAUAUUGAUCAAGAUGCAAACAAUUUAGGUGAUAUUUCAAUUGAAGACGAGACAUUGGGUGUAUUUGAUGAUAAUCAUCAAAGUUCUAAUCAUCAGCAUGUGAUUAUUAAUGGAAACAGUUUUGACGUUAGAAAAAUGACAAACAGAAAAAAUGGGCAUGGUAUUAUUAGAUUGAGAUACCUCGUGUGUAACAGACAAGGUCUUCCUAAUACAGGUCAUGUUGAUACAUUGAACCCAAACAGAAGUAAGAUAAAAAGAAGGACUGAUAGUCGAAGGACUGGAUGCAUUGCAUGUAUUAGAUUUAGUAUGAUAAAAGGAAGCUCUACAUGGUUUCUAUAUGAGUUUGUAGAGGAACAUAAUCACGAGCUUAUGUCUCAAGAUAACAUAUUGUUUUCCCGACACCACAGACAGCUUAAUCCAUGGCAGAGAUCGUUCAUUAUCAGUCUUUCUAAUCAGAAUGUUGGUGCCACCCAAGCUCACGGGCUAUUUACUACUAUUAAUGGUGGAUACAAUAUUAUUGGAGGCACUGUUGAUGAUUUUAAAAUUUUGAUGAGGGAUCUUAAUUACUUUAUAGGUGGAACUGAUGCUCAGAUAGUUGAAAAUAAGCAACUCAACACUAUGUUUUGGGCUGAAGAGACCUCAAAGAUAAAUUAUAAAGAAUUUGGUGAUGUUGUCUCCUUUGAUGCCACAUUCCGAACCAAAAGGUAUGACAUGGUAUUUGUUCCUUUCACUGGAAUCGACAAUCACAAAAAGUGUGUUACUUUUGGUGCUGGAUUGCUUAGCAAAGAGGAUAUCGACUCAUACACAUGGUUGUUGAAAUCUUUUCUUAAAGCUUUUGGUAAACAACCAAUAUUGGUGUUAUCUGAUGAAGACCCCGCGAUGAAAAAUGCUAUAGCCAAUGUUUUCCCAGAAUCAAUUCAUAGGUUGUGUCGAUUGUAA